AUGGAUGUAACGGAGAAGUUCAAUAUAAGUAUAGCGAAUUUCCCCUUCCAAUCGUUUGAUGAUUUUGUGGAGAAGCUCCAACUGUUCCAACAGGAAUCGGGCUUCAUGUUUCGCAAGCGAGAUGCCAUUAAGCUGCCACCCAUGUCGCCUGAUUUCCAGCGUCUUGUCUAUAAGCGUGUCUACUACGUAUGUAUCCACUACGGCAGCUAUAAAAGCACUGCUGUCGACCCGCUCAAACACCGCACCAUUCGUUGUGAUUGUCCCGCCGCCUUUUAUCUCCUUAUGAAGGACAGUGUGCUCACAGUGAAGAAAUUUAAAAUGAUCCACAACCACCCACCAGAACCUGCUGUGGUGAAGCGCAGACGACUGGUCAAACGCCCUCGAAUGGCCGAUAUGCAAUCAGCCGAUCGUCUCAAGGAGUUGGCACCUUGUUCACCCAGUUUGAAUGUGAUACCAGUCCGAAGAAAGCGUCUGGGACCAGUUCUUGAACGGUUGGAGUCUCUCCUUCUAGUGAGGGCACAGCAUGAGACUUGGGGCAGCGAGAGCGAGGUGGGGAAAGCCGUAUCGUUACCACAUCCACCCUCGCACCCACGCACGCACGCACGCACGCGCUUCGAUGAAGCGGCUAAUGUGCUGCGAACCCUCAAGGUCACUAUUUCGCUCCAACCAAUCGGACUGGCUCUAGGCUCACUGACAGACGGUCGUGUCCCGCCUGCUCACGCUUGUCCUUCCCUCGCAAGUGUACUGGCGCUUUCUUCCCCUCUCGGCCUAGAGCAUACCUCCGGCCAGUCUUCCGCUUCCAAACCUACCACUUAUUUAGUCUCCCCAUUUGGCAUCUGCAAGGAACAGUGUGGACGAAGUGCUCAUUAUGGUUUCAGCAACUAG